AUAACUUCCAAACGCGGUCUUCUUGAACGUUGAAGGUUGGUGGCGGAUUGAAGAGGCGGACACGUUGAGACAAUUUGAGCCUCGAAUUCCGCAGCGCCGGGGACUUGAACUCGCUUUAUAAAAGGCGAAAUUUGCUGGCAGUUGGUGACGGACAAAGUCGGCGAAUUGGUGCUUGUAAAAUCGCCGGAGACUGAAACCCAGAGCCGCCGUGUCGGUGUCGGUGUCGGGAGCAGCAAUUAUGGAGGUGGAGGAUAGAUCGAGUAGUGACGGCGGUAUAAGAGUGACCGGAAUGCAAUUCUCAUACGAUGAUGAUGGCAAACAGUCCCCUCUCUACAUGGACUUCAACCUCGCUGUUUCCCCCGGAUCCCGAUGCCUUCUAGUCGGCGCCAAUGGAUCUGGGAAGACCACCUUGCUGAGAAUUUUGGCUGGGAAGCAUAUGGUUGGUGGUCGAGAUGUUGUGCGGGUGCUAAAUUGUUCAGCUUUUCAUGAUACGCAUCUAGUCUGUAGUGGUGCAUUAUCCUACUUGGGGGAAUCUUGGAGUAAAACUGUUGGCUCUGCUGGAGAGCUUCCACUUCAAGGAGAUUUCUCUGCUGAACAUAUGAUAUUUGGAGUUGAAGGGGUUGAUCCUGUUAGGCGAGAAAAACUGAUUGAACUGCUAGAUAUUGAUCUAAAAUGGCGAAUGCAUAAGGUUUCUGAUGGUCAGCGGCGUCGAGUUCAAAUUUGCAUGGGUCUCCUGAAUCCUUUUCAGGUUCUUCUGCUGGAUGAGGUUACUGUUGACCUAGAUGUCGUUACAAGGCUGGAUCUGCUGGACUUCUUCAAGGAAGAAUGUGAGCAGAGAGGAGCCACAAUCGUUUAUGCAACCCAUAUCUUCGAUGGACUGGAAACAUGGGCAACAGAUAUUGCGUACAUCCAAGAAGGCGAGCUAAAGAGGGUGGAGAAAUUACCCGAGCUCAGUGAGCUGCAGAACUCUGUGAAUCUGCUUUCAGUGGUCGAGUCAUGGCUUCGCUCUGAGACAAAGCUUGAGAAAAAGAAAUCCAUCAAAGCUCAAAUACAGAGAACUUCUUCUCCUUUUGAUUCAUCUCCUUUCAGGUCAUCCAGGCACAUGGCCUACUAUCGUUGAGCCCUUGAGAUUUGGAUAAUUUUGGGUCAUAUAUUAUUAAAAUUGAAGCCAUUUAUAUAUAUGUAAUAAAAAUAACAAAGGCAGGUUGUCUUGGAAAGGAAUAUCACUACCCCUAUGGCCGUAAAAUUCUUUUCCUCAUAUUUCAGAGCCGUUCGAUCUGCCGAAGCCAGAAACAGGGCGGCCUGCCUCGGCCAUAUAUUGUUGUAACUUGUGUAAUUUUUUAUUCUCAUAAAUGCUUCCAAAUAUGUAUCAUCAUACGAUUAUAUAUGAAUUGACAACAACAAAUAUAAUUAUCGAUUCCCAAAA